AUGAGCAAGAGGCGCAGGCGGUAGGACCUGUCAAUUCACAAUUUUUAUAAAGCAUUGGGGUUUCAUGUCUAUCAUUAGCUAAAUUAAUUUGUAACCUAGUUCAUCAGGAGUAUUGCUCCACCACGUUCAUGACAAACCAAAUAGUUUAGGCUUAGACAUACAUUAGUUUUGUGGACUGUAUGUUUUUCUGCUGGACUGCUAUGGAGACAGAGCCCUCAUGGGUGUGCGGUUAACACCUGAGAGAUCUCGGUGAAGUCAUUUUGGAGCUAUUUCUACUUCAACCAUAGAGAUCCUAUAAUCCAAUAAUUAGUUAUAGGAUUUCUAUGACCUCAAACAAUACCUAGUACAAUAUUGAUCCUAUUUGAAUUUAACUGGACUAAGAAAUUCUGAAUAUAAAAGGUAGUGGACAUGUGAUGCCAGAAGUCACAACCCUACUUGUCAAGACAUGUGGCAUCCUUUAGGCUGCACUAAAGUUGUCACAUGGUUCCAUCCACAAUGGGGGAUGGAAUGGGCAUAGUAUUGUGUGGUUUUGAUUUCUGGUGUCAUUUGUUCCACUAGGCGUGGGACAGUCUGGCUGAGGUGAUAAGGUUGAUUGUUGAUUGAAGUCUGGCAGAAAAACAUGCUGGCUCCCCCAAGUUAUCAUCAGAGUGGACAAUGGACUUGUCAAGCUCCGAGGUCAGUUGGUCCAAUGUUUGAUACAUGUUUUAUCAACUGUAAAAGCAUGACAGUUACACAUCAUUCUGAAUUCAGAUACAUUAUGCUUAAUAACAUUAUGGAUGAUGGUGUUUUUUCACUUCUACUUUAGGAGCUUUAUUGCUGAGAUGCAGUUGUUUGUAAGACAGCUUGGUAGAAGUAAGUGCCAACUUUUUCAUUCAACUCAAACUGAAUUGUCUAUCGGAUGUAAACUGCUUUGUUUAAAUGUCUGUAGAUGAGUCUCAGAAAGAUUAGAUAUUUCCAAGUUCUGGAGAACAUGUUAACAAUGACAAAGUUGUUUAGUAGCUGUCUGGAGAUGACUUCACAUGCAGAGUUAAGAAAUACAUUUUAAUUUGUUUUGUAGAUAUAAUUGCCCGUGAGCAUGGCUCUAACAAGAAGCUGGCAGCCCAGUCCUCUGCAUUGUCUAUCGUCCGUCAACUUUACCAUCUGGGUGUCAUUUAGUCUUAUACUCGCAGUACUAAGAAGAAAGAGGGGGAAAUUGUAAGUAACGUGUUUUACUGCUGAAAGAAUAGUUAUUCACUUAUUUGGAGUUAGUACAUUUGUUUAAUAAUGACAGGGUCUUUAUGUUGUAUGCUUUGUGUUUGUUUUAACCUAUGGUUGGUUGAACCUUGGUGUCUUCACAGUUGGAGGCUUUUGAGGUGAAUGUGGUGGAUGAUCUGCAACAUCAGCUACAGAGUAUGGCCCAAGAACUGGGUGUUGUAAUUCCACCUCCAGUAAGUCUCAUUUAUAUGAUGACAUUUAUUAACCGUUAUACCGUUUCAAUUAGUAUCCAUCUUGUUGCACAGAAAAGCAAAGUACUGUAUGUGAUUGAUAUGAGUGUGACCUUGAUUAUGAGGAUUAUGAGUUAAACAUUUUGCCUGUCCCCAGCCACCUGAUCCAAGUACCCCAGUGUCCCUAGUCCAAGGGAAGAUGGCUGUGUUUGAGCCCUCCCAGAGACAGAGCUUGGCCGGGGUGGUGCCCUGGUCCCAUCCGCAAGUCAACUGGAAUCCCUGGACCAGCAGCAAUAUCGACGAGGGCCCACUAGCAUUUGUGAGUCAGACUUGUUUCUAGCUGUACAUUUACUAAAAGAAAUGCAACAAUAUACAGUGAGGGGAAAAAAGUAUUUGAUCCCCUGCUGAUUUUGUACGUUUGCCCACUGACAAAGAAAUGAUCAGUCUAUAAUUUUAAUGGUAGGUUUAUUUGAACAGUGAGAGACAGAAUAACAACAAAAAAAUCCAGAAAAACGCAUGUAAAUUUUUUUAUAAAUUGAUUUGCAUUUUAAUGAGGGAAAUAAGUAUUUGACCCCCUCUCAAUCAGAAAGAUUUCUGGCUCCCAGGUGUCUUUUAUAUAGGUAACGAGCUGAGAUUAGAGUGCUCCUAAUCACAGCUUGUUACCUGUAUAAAAGAUACCUGUCCACAGAAGCAAUCAAUCAAUCAGAUUCCAAACUCUCCACCAUGGCCAAGACCAAAGAGCUCUCCAAGGAUGUCAGGGACAAGAUUGUAGACCUACACAAGGCUGGAAUGGGCUACAAGACCAUCGCCAAGCAGCUUGUUGAGAAGGUGACAACAGUUGGUGCGAUUAUUCGCAAAUGGAAGAAACACAAAAGAACAGUCAAUCUCCCUCGGCCUGGGGCGCCAUGCAAGAUCUCACCUCGUGGAGUUGCAAUGAUCAUGAGAACGGUGAGGAAUCAGCCCAGAACUACACGGGAGGAUCUUGUCAAUGAUCUCAAGGCAGCUGGGACCAUAGUCACCAAGAAAACAAUUGGUAACACACUACGCCGUUAAGGACUGAAAUGCCAAUGAACAUCUGAAUGAUUCAGACGAGAACUGUUGAAGAGUGUUGUGGUCAGAUGAGACCAAAACGGAGCUCUUUGGCAUCAACUCAACUCGCCAUGUUUGGAGGAGGAGGAAUGCUGCCUAUGACCCCAAGAACACCAUCCCCACCGUCAAACAUGGAGGUGGAAACAUUAUGCCUUGGGGGUGUUUUUCUGCGAAGGGGACAGGACAACUUCACCGCAUCAAAGGGACGAUGGACCAUCAUGUACCAUCAAAUCUUGGGUGAGAACCUCCUUCCCUCAGCCAGGGCAUUGAAAAUGGGUUGUGGAUGCUUAUUCCAGCAUGACAAUGACCCAAAACACACGGCCAAGGCAACAAAGGGGUGUCUCAAGAAGAAGCACAUUAAGGUCCUGGAGAGGCCUAGCCAGUCUCCAGACCUUAAUCCCAUAGAAAAUAUGUGGAGGGAGCUGAAGAUUCGAGUUGCCAAACGUCAGCCUCGAAACCUUAAUGACUUGGAGAAGAUCUGCAAAGAGGAGUGGGACAAAAUCCCUCCUGAGAUGUGUGCAAACCUGGUGGCCAACUACAAGAAACAUCUGACUUCUGUGAUUGCCAACAAGGGUUUUGCCACCAAGUACUAAAUCAUGUUUUGCAGAGGGGUCAAAUAUUUAUUUCCCUCAUUAAAAUGCAAAUCAAUUGAUAACAUUUUUGACAUAUGUUUUUCUGUAUUUUUUUUUUGUUAUUCUGUCUCUCACUGUUCAAAUAAACCUACCAUUAAAAUUAUAGACUGAUCAUGUCUUUGUCAGUGGGCAAACGUACGAAAUUAGCAGGGGAUCAAAUACUUUUUUCCCUCACUUUAUCUGUAUUUUCUGUGGUUAUUCUCUUCAUAAUGUGUCCUUACUUUCUCUAAAGUAAAGCAGUCUAUUUUGUCAUGGUAGAGCUGCCAUCCUAUCUAAAAGUAUAUAAUUCCCAUUUCCCCCUAGUGCACCCCAGAGCAAAUCAGCGCUGACCUACAACAUGAGCUGACCUAUCAAUUGGAACAAGAUCAAAGCCUACAGAAGGUAUGUUGUUGCCCUGACUUAUUUGCUAUUAUCUUGAUUUAGUGUUAAAUGAUGUUCUGUUAUGUCAUGACUGACCUGCAAAAACUUGUCUCCUAGGUUAUUGGGGAGCGAGAUGGGCUUCCAGUGAAGAAGUUUGAGAGGGAGAUCAUGUCUGCUGUUCAGGGCAACUCAGUGGUGAUCAUUCGAGGGGCGACCGGCUGUGGCAAAACCACCCAGGUUCCUCAGUACAUCCUGGAUCAGUUCAUCAAGAGUGGGAGGGCGUCUGACUGUAACAUUAUUGUAACCCAGGUAAGACUCAAAAUGAAAUAUGCAUGGAUUUGAAUCUCUUCCUUGUUUGUGAUAAGAUAAUGACUUUGUCUUCUUGGGAAACUUUGUUUGGCAGUGUGUAAACGUUAAAAGACAUUACAAACAGAAACACAGGUCCAGGACAUGUUCUGUUACAUGAAUGUACAUAGAAUCUCACGGUGACCUUCUUCCUCAGCCCAGGCGUAUCAGUGCAGUGUCUGUGGCAGAGCGUGUUUCCUACGAGAGAGGAGAGGAUGUCGGUAAGAGCUGUGGGUACAGCGUCCGCUUUGAAUCCAUCCUCCCAUGA